UGGGCCGCGGGCCGCGAGCUGGAUCUGGUUGCUGGGUGUCGGGGUGUCCGCGCAGGCGCCGCGAUGCACCUGAAGAAGUACCUGCGGAAGUGCCUGCACCGGCUGCAGAAGGGCCCGGGCUACACAUACAAGGAGCUGCUGGUGUGGUACUGCAACAACACCAACACCCACGGCCCCAAGCGCAUCAUCUGCGAGGGGCCCAAGAAGAAGGCCAUGUGGUUCCUGAUCACGCUGCUCUUCACCUCCCUGGUCUGCUGGCAGUGGGGCGUCUUCAUCAGGACCUACCUGAGCUGGGAGGUCAGCGUGUCCCUCUCCAUCGGCUUCAAGACCAUGGACUUCCCCGCCGUCACCAUCUGCAAUGCCAGCCCCUUCCAGUAUUCCAAAGUCAAGCAUUUGCUGAAGGAUCUGGAUGAGCUCAUGGAAGCGGUCCUGGAGAGGAUCCUGGCUCCCGAGCAGAGCUACACCAACGCCACUAGGACUCUGAACGUCACCAUCUGGAACGACACGCCGCUGGUUCUGAUCGACGAGCGGGACCCCCACCGCCCGGUGGUCCUUGACCUCUUUGGGGAUGUCCACCAUGGCUCAGCAAGCAGCAGCCCAGCACCAGAAAGGACCUGCACUGCCCAGGGGUGCAAAGUGGCCAUGAGACUAUGCAGCCUCAACGGGACCGUGUGCACUUUCCGGAACUUCACCAGCGCCACCCAGGCCGUGACGGAGUGGUACCUCCUGCAGGCCACCAACAUCUUCUCGCACGUGCCCAGGCACGAGCUGGUGGAGAUGGGCUACCCCGCCGAGCGGCUGAUCCUGGCCUGCCUGUUCGGGCCCGAGCCCUGCAACUACAGGAACUUUACAUCCAUCUUCCACCCGGAUUAUGGCAACUGCUACAUCUUCAACUGGGGCAUGACAGAGAAGGCGCUCCCUUCGGCCAACCCCGGAGCUGAGUUUGGCCUGAAGCUGAUCCUGGACAUAGGCCAGGAGGACUACGUGCCCUUCCUCACGUCCACGGCCGGUGCCCGCCUGCUGCUUCAUGGGCAGAGGUCCUACCCCUUCAUCAAAGACGAGGGCAUCUACGCCAUGUCAGGGACAGAGACAUCCAUCGGGGUGCUGGUGGACAAGCUGGAGCGCAAGGGGGAGCCCUACAGCCAGUGCACCAUGAACGGCUCCGACGUCCCUGUACGGAACCUCUACAGCGACUACAACACCACCUACUCUAUCCAGGCCUGUAUUCGCUCCUGCUUCCAAGAGCACAUGAUCCAGAACUGCAGCUGUGCCCACUUCCUGUACCCACUGCCCCAUGGGGAGAGAUACUGCAACAACCGCGAGUUCCCAGACUGGGCCUAUUGUUACUCACACCUGCGCAUGAAUGUGGCCCAGAGGGAAACCUGCAUCAACAUGUGCAAGGAGUCCUGCAAUGACACCCAGUACAAGAUGACCAUCUCCAUGGCCGACUGGCCCUCUGAGGCAUCUGAGGAUUGGAUUUUCCACGUCCUGUCUCAGGAGCGGGACCAAAGCACCAAUAUCACUUUGAGCAGGAAGGGAGCUGUCAAGCUCAACAUCUACUUCCAAGAAUUCAACUAUCGUACCAUUGAGGAGUCAGCAGCCAAUAACAUUGUUUGGCUGCUCUCAAACCUGGGCGGCCAGUUUGGCUUCUGGAUGGGGGGCUCGGUGCUGUGCCUCAUCGAAUUUGGAGAGAUCCUCAUCGACUUUGUGUGGAUCACCAUCAUCAAGCUGGUGGCCUUCGCCAAGAGUCUGCGGCAGAGGCGGGCCCAGGCUCGCUAUGCGGGCCCGCCGCCCACUGUGGCUGAGCUGGUGGAGGCUCACACCAACUUUGGCUUCCAGCCUGAUGUGGCCAGGCCUGGCCCCGACCCCGGGACCUACCCUGAUGAGCAGACCCUGCCCAUCCCGGGCACCCCACCUCCCAACUAUGACUCCCUCCGUCUGCAGCCGCUGGACGUCAUCGAGUCUGACAGUGAGGGCGAUGCCAUCUAGACCUGGGGAGCCCAGAACUCAGACCCAAGAAGCCGAGAUCAUGGCC